AGCUGGCUGGCUAACGGUUGCUGUUGCUGUGUUCUGUUGGAUUUUUGUUCAGCUUUUUAACAAAGUGAAUAUAUUUUAUACGGGUCCUUUUUUUCUAUGGGCUCCAAAAGACGACGCAUCACUUCUCCCUCCGGCGGUGCGAGUGGUGACUUUGAUGAUGCCACUUCAACCACUCCAACCAGUAGUUUAAAAAAGAGGAAAACUGCUAACACUGCCGCUGCUGUUGAUCAACUCGCUGUUUGCAAUGAGUUGUACAGCACUGUCAGGGACUACAAAGAUGUGCAAGGAAGGCAGAUCUGUGAGCUCUUUGUUCGGGCUCCAAAAAGGAGGAAUCAUCCAGAUUACUAUGAGGUGGUGAGCAAGCCCAUUGACAUGAUGAAGAUCCAGCAGAAGCUCAAAGUUGAAGAAUACCAAGAUGUGGAACAGUUCACAGCAGACUUUCAGCUUCUCAUCAACAAUGCCAAGGCUUAUUAUCCGGCUGACAGUCCAGAGUACAGGGCUGCUUGUAAGUUGUGGGAUUUGUUUCGUUCAACCAAGAACAGCCUCCUUCGUGGAGGAGAUGUAGAAGACGAGGAGGAGGAAGAGGAAAGCGAAGACACUGAGAACCCUGGAAGCUCCACAGAGGAGAUGUCACCCAAGCAUUUGAAGGGACUUUUAGAGCAGCUCUUAGAGGCUCUUGUGUCUUACACUGAUCCUUCUGGGAGAUUAAUUAGUGACCUGUUUCAGAAGCUUCCCUCUAAACUGCAAUACCCUGACUACUAUGCCAUUAUCAAAGAGCCAAUAGAUUUACGAACCAUAGCCCAAAGGAUUCAGACAGGCAGCUACAAAUCCAUCAACGCCAUGUCCAAGGAUAUUGAUCUUUUAACUAAAAAUGCCAAAGCCUACAAUGAACCUGGUUCACAAGUUUAUAAGGAUGCAAACACGAUCAAGAAGGUUUUCAGUCAAAAGAAGACAGAACUUGAACAAGCUGAACCUGUUAAAACAAGCCUCCGCAUGAGAAGUCGGAGGUCUGCUCAGGGUGAGCGCCUGUCUGCUUUUUCCACACCUCUGCAGGCUGGCUCAGAGAGCGAUGAAGACUCCAUUCUCUCAGGUUCAUUGCGCUAUGAUACCUCUGAGAUGGAAGCUGAAAGUGGACACUCUCGACAGGGUACAACUGACCCCGUCUUCCUGUUGUACUACGCAGUACGAGGGGCCCGGAGUGUUCAGGGAAAACUCCUUUCUGAGCCUUUCCUUCAGCUACCCUCACGGAGGGAGCAUCCAAAUUACUACCAGCAGAUCAAACAGCCCAUUUCUCUCCAGCAGAUCAGGGAUAAAAUGCAGAAUGGGGAGUAUGAGGGAAUUGAGCAGAUAGAAGCCGACCUCACACUGAUGAUUGACAAUACUAAACGCUACAACAUGUCCAAUUCAACCAUAUACAAGCGUGCCCAAAAGUUACAACAAAUAAUGCAGCUUAAGAGAAAAGAACUCAGAGAUGAUGACGAUGGAGACAAUUCACUUUCUAUCGUGACCCCUGACCCUGGAAGCAGUAAGAGAAAGAGCCAUAAAAAACACACCAGAAAAAACAGAAUGAAAGCCUUAUAUGCAGCAGUAACAGAGGCACGAGAGGAUGGCACAAAUAGGCGCCUAUGUGACCUCUUUAUGGUAAAGCCAUCAAAGAAGGACUACCCUGACUACUACAAGGUCAUUCUGGAUCCCAUAGACCUUCGCAUAAUCGAGCAAAAUAUUCGGAGUGAUCGCUAUGUCAGUGAGGAGGCCGUCGUUAACGAUAUGGAGCUAAUGUUUCGCAACGCCCGCCACUACAAUGAAGAAGGCUCUCAGGUUUACAAUGAUGCAGAUGUCUUACAAAAGAUUUUGAGGGAUAAGCAAAAGGAACUUGGACCUCCACCUGAAGAUGAUGUGGGCUCACCCAAACUCAAAUUACGGAGGAGCGGGAUUGCUUUGUCUCCUAAAAAGGGCCGUCCACAGACCACCCUGCAGCAGAGGUUAAGUGAACUAUAUGAAGCCGUUCGCAGUUUUACAGACAGUCGUGGACGUCGCUUAAGCACAGUAUUUCUGCGACUACCAUCCCGCUCAGAGCUACCUGAUUACUACAUCGCCAUCAAGCGGCCCAUUGACAUGGAGCGCAUCCGCAGCUAUAUGGUCCAAGGUCGCUAUCAGGAUGUGGACUCGAUAGCUGAGGAUUUUAUCCUCAUGUUCAACAAUGCCUGCACAUACAACGAGCCCGAGUCCCUCAUCUACCGUGACGCACUGCUGCUCCACAGGGCUUUCCUGGAUUCACGCCGUCGUCUUGAGAAGGAGGAAGAGGAGGGAGAGGAGAAAGCAGCCCGGCGAAUGGCAGUAGCUUCACUGGUUAGUGAGCUCAUUCGUAAUCUUUUUGUGUCUGUGAUGGGACAUCAGGAUGAUGAGGGGCGCUGCUAUAGCGACUCUCUGGCUGAGGUGCCCUCCGUGGAUCCUGCUAACCCAGAGAAGCCACCACUGAGUUUGGAGGUGAUCCGCAAGAAUGUGGAACGUGGUCGCUAUCAAAGAAUGGACACGUUCCAGGAGCACUUUUUUGAGGUGCUGGAGAGAGCCAGACGCCUGAAUAGAACCGAUUCAGAGAUCUUUGAGGACUCGGUGGAGUUGCAGCAGUUCUUUCUGAAAAUCCGAGAUGAGCUGUGUAAGAAUGGUGAGAUUCUUCUGACUCCAGCACUUAGCUACACGCCCAGACACCUUCAUGCAGAUGUGGAGCAGGAAAGGAGAGAAAAGCUGCCCCAGGAAAUACAGGAAGAUGCUCUUAAAGGAGAGGAAGACAAAAAAGAUGAAGAGAAUGCUGAGGGGGCUACAGGGGGUCAAUGGGAAUCAGACCCUGAAAACACUUGUAGCUUUGAGAACUGCACCUACAGUGUGGGAGACUAUGUGUAUGUGCAGCCAACUGAAACCAAACUGCAGCCACAUAUCAUCUGUAUUGAGAAACUGUGGAAGGACAAGGCUGGUGAGCAAUGGAUGAAUGGCUGCUGGUUUUACAGACCUGGGGAAACCUUUCACCUGGCUACACGCAAGUUCCUUGAAAAGGAAGUAUUCAAGAGUGACUACUACAAUAAAGUUCCAGUCAGUAAAAUACUUGGAAAAUGUGUGGUGAUGUUUGUAAAGGACUUUUUUAAACUUGAACCAGAGGGCUUCAAACCUGAGGAUGUCUUCAUCUGCGAAUCUCGUUACACAACAAGGACCAAGACUUUUAAGAAGAUAAAACUGUGGGCCAUGCCACCAAACUCUGUAAAGUUUAUCCCACGUGAUGUGCCAUUGCCUGUGGUCAGAGUUGCUUCCAUGUUUGUCAGUGCUACAAGUCAAGAACAGAACAAGUUGGCAGAUGUUGCAGAUGGUGAUCAGGACAGCUUCAUUGAGAAGGAAAGGGAAGUUGUUCCUGUCGAAAUGUCUAAUUCUGAGCCAGGAUGUCAGUACUAUGAACAGCUGUGCUAUAAUAACACGUGGAUGAAGGUUGGUGAUUUUGUCUACAUUCAGUCCCAUGGCUUGAUAAGACCACGGAUUGGCAGGAUUGAGAAGAUGUGGAUGCAGAAUGGAGCUGGAUUCUUUUUUGGACCAAUAUUUAUCUACCCUGAAGAGACAGAACAUGAGCCCACAAAGAUGUUCUACCAGCGUGAAGUGUUCCUCAGCAGCUUUGAGGAAACCUGCCCCAUGACCUGCAUAUUAGGAAAGUGUGUGGUCUCCUGUUUGAAGGACUUCCUUUCCUGUAGACCUACUGAAUAUGCAGAGGAGGAUGUGCAUUUGUUCGAGAGCCGCUACUUUGAGCUUGAGAAGCAGAUGAAAAAACAUAAGGGUCUCAAGCGAUUUUCUCUCUCAGCUAAAGUGGUGGAUGAUGAAAUCUACUACUUCAGAAAACCCAUGGUUGUUCCCAAGGAGCCGUCCCCACUUCUGGAUAAAAAGAUAGACGAGCUGGAGGCAAAAUUUGCAGACAUCGAGGACCUGGAUGAGGACUUAGAUGAUCUGGAUGAUGACGAUGAAGUACAAGGAACUCCAUCUGUGCCCCAGAGCCACACUUCACUGCUUAGUGAUAUAGACCUGCCUUACACACCACCACAGUCCACUCCAAAGAUAAAAGGACUGUCCAAGAAGGAAGGAGCCAAGCGUAAGAUCAACAUGAGUGGAUACAUCCUGUUUAGCAGUGAGGUGCGGUCUGUUAUUAAGGCUCGGCAUCCAGAUUAUUCCUUUGGAGAGCUCAGUCGGCUUGUAGGAACUGAGUGGAGGAACUUGGAACAGUCCAAAAAGUCAGAGUAUGAGGAGCGGGCAGCUAAGCUUGUGGAGAAUCAGGAGCGAGAGAGGGUUCUUCAUGAGCAACAGCAACAGCAGCUACAACAGCAACUACAGCAGCAACAGGCUUCUCCGAGAGCAGGCAUAAUGGGAAAUUAUGGCCCACCCUUCAUGCCUAUGCAGGGUCCUCCUGAGGGCAUGAUGGGUAUGGGUGGCCCACCAUCUCACCAUAUGGGGGUGCCCCCACUGCCUCCCCAACACUACUUUCCACCGGGCAUGGCUGGGUACCCUGGUAUGCCCCCUUCUGGUGGAAUGGCUCCUGGCAUAAAUGGAAUGGCAGGAAGUCCCGGUCCAGGAAAUCCUUAUGGGCUUCAGAUGGGUGCGUAUGGUCCAGGGCAGGUGGCUCCACCUCCUUACCCAGGCCAAGGUCAGCCUGUCCAUCAGCAGCCAGCUGCGCCUAUGUUUAUAGCCCCGCCUCCGAAGCCGCAGCGCCUUCUUCAUUCAGAAGCCUAUCUGAAAUACAUUGAGGGGCUUAGUGCAAAUAGCCCCACAAUCAGCAAAUGGGACCAAAGCCUUAAGGCUCAAAGAAAAGACUCUCGCCUCACUAGAGAUCAGGAGAGUCGUCUUCCCUCUCACUGGCUGAAGAGCAAAGGUGCUCACACUACAAUGGUUGAUGCUUUAUGGAGGCUACGAGAUUUGAUGAUGAAAGACACUUUCAACAUCCGCCAAGCUUAUAACCUUUAACCUUUACAUUUCAAUCCCUGAGUCUCAGGACAUUUAUUUAUGCAAAACUAUACGUCAACCAAAUCUAACGUGUAAAGGAGCAGAUUGUUCACUGCUCCAUAGCAAUAACUAAGUCAGCUUGUUUGUUUCAGCAUAGUACAGGUUUUAGAUAUUUACAUGGUUAGAAAUUGAUGCACUGGAAUUGUCACAAAUGCAUUAGCUAAUUUAUAACUACUGAUGCCAUGUUUUUGGUGACAGUAUAAAGUUUUAGAAGUGUUUAGAUAAAAUUUGAUUUUGUGUAUCAGCUCAACUAAAUAAAUGUGGAUUUUUAUCUGUUAUACUUUUUACAGUUUACUAGCUGUAUAGACAGAUCACCUCACUAAUGAGAACUGAAAACUAAGAUUGGCUAUAACCACUUUCAGAUCUUAAUAAUGGUGCAAAAACACCUCAGGUGGAUUAAUAACACACAGUAACAUUACCAAUAUUUUUAUUUUAUAAAGUGUCAGAAUAAGCUUGGUUUAUCCUUAUUUUAUUGAUAAUGUGAUAUUUUUGCAUUUUGUUUGGUAAAGAUAUGGCAGAAAUGUAAUUUGUACCUGUUCUUUCCUGAAUAU